GUAAUACAGGGAAAAAAAACCAAAGCCAAGCAAGUAAACCCUCACUCCUCUCUGUCCCCGGCUGCAGAGGUUGAGACGCUGAGCUUGUCUGGAUCCAAAGGAUCUACCAGGAAGCCGAGAUGGGAAUAAAGGAAAUGCUCAACUUGUCCAAGGUGCCCUCCAUCCUCAUGCUCGGGGUGGUUUACGUGGCCUAUGUGCUGAUGGGCGGAUUGGUUUUCUGGAAGUUGGAGGGAGAUCUCGGACAGAAGGACAUCAGUCUUUUACUGCUGAACAAAGAACAGGUGCUCAACACAUACAAAUGUCUGAACCAAGAUGGCCUGGAGUCAGUGGCUCAGGUUGUUCAAGCUGCAACUAAGGCGGGCCUAAGUUUGAGAGGCAACAACACCUCGGAUGGCUUCUGGAAAUUCACCAGCUCAGCUGUGUUUGCUGCCACCGUGGUCACAACUAUAGGUUAUGGGAACAUAAGUCCCAGGUCUACUGCUGGCCAGAUCUUCUGUGUGUUCUUCGCACUAUUUGGUAUCCCGCUCAACAUGGUGGUGCUCAACAGAGUGGGCAAGUACAUGCUUGCUAUUGAGAGGAACAUCUCUGACUUUCUUGAGGGGAAGACCGGGCGAAGGAGGUGUACUCGCUUUUUUGUCCACCUGGUGUCUUACCUGUCUGGAGUAGUGCUCUUCUUUGUUGUGCCAAUGAUUGUGUUCCAACUGCAAGAGGGCUGGACCUUGUCCCAGGCCAUCUACUACUGCUUCAUCACUCUCAGUACUAUCGGCUUUGGAGACUUUGUGGCAGACAGUAAUCCAGACAAUGUAUACCCACAGUGGUACAGCGUCCUCAUGGCCUCAUGGAUCUUCUUCGGCUUGGCCUGGCUGGCCCUCCUCAUCAACCACUCCAUGGACAUCCUGGAGCGGCUCAACACCCACUUAAAACAGCUCUGGGGUGGACAGGAACAGGAGGAAGCGUCUGGCAGUGCAGAGGCUGACAACGGAGACACACAGGUGGAGAAUGAAGAUGAGAUCAAGAAGCCUCCAAUACCUCAGGAAACGGCAGUAAUGUGAAGAUUUCAGUAAGCUGACCUAGUUAUAGAAGGAUCUGUCUGUCAACAAGGACAUGGAAACAGGCAUACAUGCCGUGUGUGUGUGUGUGUGUGUGUGUGUGUGUGUGUGUGUGUGUGUGUGUGUGUGUGUGCGUGUGCGUGAGUGCGUGCGUGUGUGAUCAAUGGUUUGAUCCCUAUCCGCCCCUGAAAUAUUGACACAAUUUUGUUAAGUCGGGUUUAUUUGUUUGACAUGCAACAUCUACAUGCUGUUUUGUCGGUUAGCACUCUUCACUCUUGUGAUGGUUAAUCUAAUUUGUUUAAAAAAAUCCUUUGAGGUAAAAUUCUGAAAAAGAAACUGGGUCAACACUUGCUUUGCCCCAUGUUUCUAUAUAUGGGUUAGUGGUCAGUAGAAAAUGGCAGUCAGUCAGUCUGUGGCUCUGUGGCCUCUCAGUGUGUUGCUCACCACACUGACCACAAACCACCCAGCGGCAUUCACUGGCUGAGCUACACUCAACUGAAAAUAAAUGUUAUUUGUUUUGCAUAUUAAAAAGUUGAAUGGCAUUGAAGACAUUAAGCAGUCCCUCAGUUUACUGUACCAUGACCUGUUGAAUAUAAAAUUUAAAUAUACGAGAAUUAGAGAUUUAUUUUCAAUGUGUUUUAAUGUAAGCUAAGUGGGCUAAACAUUUUUUAAAUAUAAUUUUAGAUUAGGCAAGUUUACUUAUGUUGCACAUUUAAUUUUAUUUCCUUCCAUUUUAAAGCAAUAAGAAAUUGUACAAAAUGAAGAUAGUUACAUAAAAUCAGUUGUGCACGACACACAAUAAUAAAAUGCUAACAAUUAAUAUCUAAAUAUGCUUAAUAUUAUUAUACUAUAUACUAUUAAUACUAGAGACAUUUCAUAUUACUACACCUUUUACUUUUAAUGUUAACUUAUUUAUUCUUGUCCUAUUAUGAAGCCUUUAGGAAAGCAUAGCUCAUCUAUGUUGAAGUUAUCUUUGUAUCCACUAGGCGGUGGUACUGUACUAACACUGGAGAAAUGAACCAUUCAAACCACAGGCAGAGAAGACACGACUCACUAUACUUUGAAUAAUCUUGUAAUCAUAUACACUAACCAUAUUGAUAACAUCCUCACAUUCAAUAUAUUCCACUUCAUAUUAUUAUCUCCAAGUCAAAAGCAUGUACAAACCCAAAACACAUUCUAUAAAGCAAUUUACAUCAAA